GCGUUGCGCCGCUUUUCCAACCGGACGACUUUAGCAGGAGCACCAGGUCAGUGCAGAACACACUGUGAUGAAUAUCCGCACACAAUUAGAGUAAAGCUGCUUCUUCUCCAGUGUCAUUGUUCUAAAUGUGUGUGUAGCGUUGUGUGUGGGUGGAUUCUGCCUUUCGCGCUGCCGUUAAACUGAUUUCUUGAGAUGCGUUGCGUUCACGGCCGAUCAGAGAGUGUGAAGUCCUGCUGCUAAAAUACGUAGCGCGGCGGAGGGAGCUCGCUCUGCGCUGUGGACAUGAAGGAGCUCCUGAGAAAGGCCCACGGCGUCUUCUUGAAGCUCGCUCUGUUUCCCAGCACGCUGGGCAGGAGCGGCACCAGACCCGCUGCGUCUGAGGUGCUCACGUGCCACCUGCUGCAGCGCCACCUCCCCCCGUGGACCUCCUUCUGUGUCCGCUACAGCUCCGUCCUCAACGACCAGUUUGGCCAGUCACACUUUAACUGGGCGGUCCAAGGCUGCAACUAUCACAUACUAAGAACCGGCUGCUUCCCCUUCAUUAAAUAUCACUGUUCCAAAGCACCUCCCCAGAACCUGGACUUUGAAGACAAAUUUUUCACAAUGUUAAAAGUGAUAAAUCUAGGCAUUCCUUGUUUAGCUUAUGGCAUUGGAUGCUGGAUGGUGGUGGGAGCUGCAGAAACAGUGCACACUAGUGUUGGACCUGUCACAGUGUAUUUUGCCUACAAGGAAGAAGAAGGUGCACAGUUUUAAAGACACAAGGAGAGUGUUGCGUGUACAGCUGCUGUAUUUACAACAUGUGACACCGCUGCUGUUCUGUGCCACUCAGGCUUCCAUUGUGUGACUGCAUGGGUUCAUUUGUAUUUAACUAUUAAAUAUUUAAAGUUGCAGUGAAGGAGACGCUUGUGUUUUACAGGGACACAGACUAUUUACACACCAACCAGCUUUCAAUAAAUAUGCUGGAAACUUAGGAUUUCUCACAGAAUAAACCUUGACUUCUGAACCUUAA